GGCUGCCGGCUGGCGCCCCGGAGGUGCUGAAGGGACAGUUCCCGCCGGCGAACUUGCCCCGCAGAGGGCGGGUGUGGCGGCUCGGCCGGGGGAGCGAUGGAGACCAUCUGGAUCUACCAGUUCCGCCUCAUUGUGAUCGGGGACUCCACGGUGGGCAAGUCGUGUCUGCUGCACCGCUUCACCCAGGGCCGCUUCCCGGGGCUGCGCUCCCCGGCCUGCGACCCCACCGUGGGCGUGGACUUCUUCUCCCGCCUGCUGGAGAUCGAGCCCGGCAAGAGGAUCAAGCUGCAGCUCUGGGACACGGCGGGACAGGAGCGGUUCAGAUCAAUAACUCGGUCUUACUACCGCAACUCAGUCGGGGGAUUUUUAGUAUUUGACAUUACUAAUCGGCGCUCUUUUGAACAUGUGAAAGAUUGGUUAGAAGAAGCAAAAAUGUACGUACAGCCAUUUCAAACUGUAUUUCUCCUGGUGGGGCAUAAAUGUGACUUAGCUUCACAGCGUCAAGUUACAAGAGCAGAGGCAGAAAAACUGUCUGCAGACUGUGGAAUGAAGUACAUUGAAACAUCAGCUAAGGACGCCACGAACGUUGAAGAAUCCUUCACUCUCCUGACAAGAGACAUCUAUGAACUUGUUAAAAAGGGAGAGAUUUGUAUCCAGGAUGGCUGGGAAGGGGUAAAAAGUGGUUUUGUUCCGAAUACUGUGCAUUCUUCGGAAGAGGCGGUAAAGCCCAGGAAAGAGUGUUUCUGUUGACUUCAGACAUGCCAAAGAACUGAGAACAGAUGGGUGUCAACUCAGCGUGAAUUCCAUCAUUAACCACGGAAUGACACAGUGAAAGCCUCUAAGAAGCGAUAAACCUGCCUGCACUGAUGCUGUUGUGUAAGUUGUUUGAUUCACAGCACUCUGCUCAGUUGUUGCCCUACUGGAUUGGGUUUUUUGUGAAAUUAUCAGGCAAAGCAGAGAGCUUUGUCUUGAAACUCAAAUGUCUGUGUAAUUACUUCCAUUGCUAGCAUGUAGCAGACCUUAGUGUCAAGAUAUGCCGAUAUUACACAUUUUCUUAACAGUUCUAAAUGGAUUUUUGUACACAUAUAGUCUUAUUAAAAACAUUUUUAUCAGGAGUUAACAUUUUCUUGAAUUACUUAUUACCCAAUAGUCAAGUGGAUUUAGAAGUAGUACAUUCUUCACUUGCAACGUAAGCAAUCACAGAAGUAUUUGCUAUGGCUGAAAUAUCAGGUCCUUGUUUAAGGUACUAGGUU